AUGAAUGCCAUCACCCGCCCUUCCAUCGAUUUGGAGCGCAUGGCAAAACUGCAAAACCAGCCGACUUUCACUGAGAGCCUUCAACGCACUAGGCUUCAGCUCGAGGCCAUUCCUCUUUCCACGACCCCCGGUACCAUUUUGUGUGACGUAUCGCGCGGUACCUCCCGACCCGUAGUGCCAAGCGAGAUGAGACGAGAUGUUAUUGCAGCGUUGCACAGUCUGGCUCACCCUGGCAUUCGCACUACCCAGCGCCUCGUCAGCGAGCUUUUGGUUUGGCCAAGCAUGAACACUGAUAUCCGCCAGUGGACCCGUUCACGUCUGGCCUGUCAGAAGGUCAAAGUCCGACGGCACAACAAAGUCCCCAUUGUCACUUUUUUCGCACCCGACGCACGUCUUGCACAUGUCCAUAUCGAUCUGGUAGGUCCUUUUCCAACAUCGCGUGGUUGCAACUACUUACUUACUGCGAUCGACCGAUUCACUCGUUGGACCAUUGCAACUCCCAUCCCUAAAAUAACUGCGGAUUCCGUUGCUCAUGCCUUUUUGGAACACUGGAUCUCCCAAUAUGGCGCCCCCUCAGCUAUUACCACCGACCGAGGCCAACAAUUCGAUUCUAGACUUUUUAACAGCCUUACCGACCUCCUCGGGUGUUCUCGCAUACGCACGACAGCAUACCACUCCUCAUCCAACGGCUUAGUCGAGCGUUUCCAUCGGCAACUGAAAGCCUCGCUCCGAGAUCAUGACAACCCUUCCCAUUGGAGCGAGCAUCUGCCUCUGGUCAUGCUCGGUAUCCGCACUGCACUCAAGCCCGACUUGGAGUGUUCCGCUGCCGAACUUGUCUACGGUACUACCCUACGGAGUCCAGGGGAUUUUUCAGGUACUCUCAAAACUCAGCCGACAUGA